AUGAAGGUGAAGCUUGCAACACAAGUGUUAAGUCGGUCAGUGGCAAUUGCCUUGGAAGAAGCUGAUAAUUAUGAAGUUUUGGGAACUGCUGAAUUUUGCCGAAUGAUGAAUUCAUUUUUUGAUUGCACUAAUGUACGAUCUCGUACAGAGCAUAUCCACAAGAAAAAUGAAUUCAUUAAGCCUUAUACUUCCCUCAAUGAUGAAAGAUUUGAGUGGUUAUUGAAUGUAUUUCUUGUGUACUUGGAGAAUUGGAGGAAGUCAACUUUGGAGAGAGAAGGCAAUUACUCAUCUGAUGCGAGAGGUAAAAUGUUUCUAUCACAACAAACAUACGAAGGCCUCAAGAUUUCUGUUUAUUCCCAUGUUGAAGCCAUCAAAUUUCUGCUAGAAAAUGGAUUUGAGUAUGUGCUAAGUGAACGGUUUAUGCAGGAUGUCCUUGAGGACUAUUUUGGACAUCAGCGGGCUAAAGGACACAGGUCUGAUAAUCCAAGUGCAUACGAGUUUGGUUAUAAUGAUCUUACGAUAGGAAUUCAGUGA